GUAUAACUUUAGUUGUUCCAAAAACAGCAUGUGAUAGUACACUUAGUACAAUUUAAAUUGUGAUUUUCUACAAUUGAAUUGCUAUUAAAAUACAGUAAGCACAAAAUUAGUUGUUCCAAAAUAGAAUACUUCAAGUUAACUAAUCCUUAGCUGGCUUGAAGUAUAUUGAUGAUUAUGGCUUCCAGUAUGCUAAAAUUGAACAUACUUAAUAAAUGUAUUUUUCCUGCUGACUGUUUUUCUUUUUUUCCCGUUUUUUACGACUGUAUUUUCAGGUUAAACCUCAAUAUGGCUUCAUGACUGAUCUGAUCUAAAAACAGUGUCAGCAACAGUGAGGUUGCAAAAAUUACAGAACAUUUGAGUCUAUUAACUUUUGAAGAUUCUCUGCGCGUUCCUGGAGCUGUAAAGUGUGCGUGGCUAUGUUGGAGCGCGCUUGUCUCGGGUACGCGCACUCCAGUGGAGCUCUCAGCUAGACAUGGCGGCGGAUCCAAAGCCGGACUGGCUCUGCUGUCUUCCCUCUUCUUGGAGUUAUGGAGUGACUCGGGAUGGACGCAUAUUCUUCAUUAACGAAGAAGCAAAGAGUACAACCUGGCUGCAUCCUGUUACUGGAGAGGCUGUGAUCACAGGCCACAGGAAAACUCCAGAUUUACCAACAGGAUGGGAGGAAGGAUACACGUUUGAGGGCGCUCGCUGCUUCAUCAACCACAAUGAAAGAAAAGUGACCUGCAAGCACCCAGUGUCAGGCAUCCCAUCACAAGACAACUGCAUCUUUGUUGUAAAUGAACAUCUGAAUAUAGGAAAGUUUGUUCACCAUUACACUGAAAGAUUCAUCAGACCAGCUCCAAAGGCUUCAGCAGAGCAGGAAAGCAGCACUGACAAGAAAGAGCGUCCCAUGAGCAUCAUGAGUGAGGCCUCUAACUAUACUGGUGGCUCAGAUUACAGCACCUUCCCUGGCAGCCCAGCUACCACUGUCACUACUGUCACCACCACCUCAUCUACGAGGCCUUCUAGGUCAUCCAAAAAAGUCCACAAUUUCGGCAAGAGAUCCAACUCCAUCAAGCGGAACCUUAAUGCCCCUGUGGUCAAGAGAAACUGGCUUUAUAAACAGGAUAGCACAGGCAUGAAGCUGUGGAAAAAGAGGUGGUUUGUGCUGUCUGACAUGUGCCUCUUCUACUACCGUGAUGAAAAGGAGGACAGCAUUCUGGGAAGUAUCCUGCUGCCCAGUUUUCACAUUUCCAUGCUGUCUGUGGACGAUCACAUCAGUAAGAAAUAUGCCUUCAAGGCCACUCACCCCAACAUGCGGACAUAUUACUUCUGCACAGACACCUCAAAGGAGAUGGAGUCCUGGAUGAAAGUCAUGACAGAUGCUGCACUCGUCCACGCUGAGCCGGUCAAAAGGCUAGACAAGCUGAACGUGGAGCAGCAGACACCUCAGCAAUGGAACAACUUGUUGAACCACACUGCCCUUACACAGCCUGAGAUCCAGAACAACGAACGGAACAGAGAACCUGUACGACAACAUUCACUUUCACGGGCCGAUGAAAAACGCUUGAAAGACAUUGAAAAACAGAAUAGCCAGAAGGAGAGAGAGUAUUACACCCUACAAAGAGAUGGAGAAAAGUACUCAUUAAAGAAAGAUGGAAUUAGCUACAUGCUUCAGAAGGACGGAGAUAGAUAUCUCCUUCACAAAGACGGAGAGCGAUACCUGCUGCGAAAGGAUGGGGAGAAAUACUCACUGCAGAAAGAUGUGGAGAAUUAUGCUGUUCAAAAAGUGAAUAAUAAAUAUACAGUGACACCAACAGAAGAUAAAUAUGCUCCUUCCAAAGAUGGUGAAAAGUUUCUACUUGCAAAAGAUGGAGAAAAGUAUGCUCUGCAGAAAGUUGGAGACAGACACAUGCUCCAGAAAGACGGGCAAAUUUAUGCUCCUGUAAAGAGACAGUUAUCAUUAAAGGAAACAGAAAGAUACAGCGCCAUGAAAGACACCGGAAACAAAUAUGGUACCAUACAAAUUGUGGAUAAAUACGGCAAUCUAAAGGAAGUAAGGAAGUACAGCACACUACGAGAGGGGAAUAAAUAUGCUGCUGUUACAGACGCAGAGAAGUAUGCUACAAUUCGUGCUGGGGAAAAGUAUUACUACCAGAGAGAUCCAAGUUCAGAAAGGUCUUUAAAUAAUAUCAACAGCAUUAAGCUUCAGCCUGCUCAAGCAGCUGCCAUUGCAGCUGCAGUGUCAGUAUCGCGCCAGAACCAGGCAAAUGUCAACGUCCAAAAACCUCUGCAAGUUAACAGGUCUGGAGAACAGCCUGGGGACUGCGGUCAGAUAAAAGCAGAGAACACUGUGGCCAGGGUUCCUCUGCAGGCCCCAGCUCCAGUUCAUGAGCCAGACUUUGGCAUACCCAGCUCCAGUUCCAUGCAACACCUGGAGCCGAGGGUUCGAGUUCACCGAACAAGAGAACUGGAUGAUGACUUGCGAAGUGUUAUGUCAUACCAGACAUUGCCCAGGAACAUGCCCAGUCACAGGACACAGAUCGUCCCCUGCUUCCCUGAGGGUUACCGCACACUGCCCCGCAACAGCAUGAUGAGGCCUGAUAGCAUCUGCAGCGUAACAGGCUCUGUUUACGAUCGGGCCCUCCAGCCAGUCUCCUCCACUAUCGGCACAGCAGAAAAAAGGCGAUCAAUGAGAGACGACACCAUGUGGCAGCUGUAUGAGUGGCAGCAGAGGCAGGCCUUCUCCAGGCAGAGCUUGGCACAACCAGCAGCUGUGGGUCAGUACGGCACCCUGCCCAGCACAAAGACCAUGGGAAACAUCUCUGAGCAUGCUGUGGCACGCUCCAUCUCCACCUCCCCGUCUCAUGGCAACCUGGCGCUCUACAGCAGCUUCUCCCCCCCUCACCAGCAGGCUGUUCCUAACCCAAGCAGCUCACUCUCUGAGGUGUCCUCACCUGUCCUCAGAGGGGAUGGGACGUUGGAUCGCCGGCAAAGGUCUCACCUCAGCAAAUAUGGAUGUCCAUCAGACCGACGGUCUGUGGCAGCCUGUGUCUCUCCUGAAACAAUCACACCACAGACUCUGCAGGGCAAGACGCCUGAGGAGCUGACACUGCUGCUCAUCAAGCUCCGCCGGCAGCAGGCAGAAAUCAACAGCCUGCGGGAACAUACAGUAGCUCAGCUAAUGGCUCUGGGAAUAGAAGGGCCCAACCCCAAGACUGAUGUUCUCUCCCACCAUCUUCAGAGGAACCUUACUUACCUGGACAAGCAGACGAAGGAGAAUGAGCCUCUUAUCUUCAUGAUUCACACUAUGAUUGAGAACUCGGCGCCAAGGCCGCAACUCUACCAGCAAAUCACUCCAGAAGAUUUUAAAGACAGCUCUUUAAACCAGUCCAUUGACAAGGCUGAUGUAGAGACUAAGCUGAGCAGACUGUGUGAGAAGGACAAGGUGCUGAGGAUGCAGGAAGAGAAGCUGCAGCAGCUGCACAGGGAAAAGCACACUCUGGAGACGGUGCUGCUGUCAGCCAGUCAGGAGCUGGGUGAGCAGAGCGGCUCCAACACGGCGGCCAUGCAGAGCCUGGUCCAACAAAGAGAUGUUCUGCAGAGCGGCUUGCUUAGCACCUGCAGGGAGUUGUCCAGAGUCACCGUCGAGUUGGAGCGAUCGUUGAAGGAGUAUGAGCAGCUAGAGGCAGAUGUAACUCUAGCCAGGACCAAACUGCUGGAGCAGCUGGAGGCCCUGGGCAGCCCACAGACAGAACCUCCAAGUCAGCGGCACAUCCAGAUCCAGAAGGAGCUUUGGAGGAUCCAGGACGUGAUGGAGGCUCUGUCUAAAACUAAACCUCACCAGAGAACAGAGUGUGGUUUUCCUGGUUCAACGCCUCUUUCCAGUCAGCAGAAAAAUGAGGCAGUGCCACCCAGCCCACUUAAAGAGGGCAGCAAGGUGCCCGCUCGCCCGCCCCUCCCUCAGUGCUAUGACUCAGAGUGCAUCCCUCACACCCUCCCCCACCACUCACAACCCGGCAGCCGAACCCUCCACGCUCACCGCCCUGAAGAGCGCAAGGCCAGCUCCAGGAAUGGAGCACACAGCCAAGCUCCAGACUACCGGCUGUAUAAGAGCGAGCCUGAGCUCACAACUGUGAAGGAGGAAGGAGACGAGGCCAACGGUGAUGAUAAGGACAAGACUGAGACAUCUACUGAAAGUAAAAACACCCCACCAUCCAAAGUGCCCCCCUACCCAGUGGGUAUUGUUGCUCCCAGGACUAAAUCUCCCAUGAGCCCCCCUGAGUCUUCCACUAUCGCCUCCUACGUCACCCUGAGGAAAACCAAAAAACCUGAAUCUAGAUGUGAUCGUCCAAGGAGUGCUGUGGAUCAGAUGGGAUUUGGGGAGCGAGAUUUCAUCAGAACAAGGAUGAGUGUUGAGGAGCAGCUGGAGAGAAUGAGGAGAAACCAGGAGGCAUCUUCACUCCGAGAGAAGAGAAGAGAAACACUGUCACGCUCAUCUUCUUUCAACAAAGACAACCCCCUCCUCCACUUGCAGCGUCGGGCGCAGACAGAAAUGGCCUGUCUGAACUCUGUGGAGCUUGAGACAGCGUUGCUGCAACUAAAAGUUGCUCAUAAGGAACAGACUGAAGCAACAUCAGGAGCUAACACUGUAGAUGGGCCACCGAUCUCACCACAGAAAGUACAGAGAACUGAUCGUGUGAAGGAUUCCCAGCAUGAAGAGGUGCAGCAGGAAAAGGCCAUGAACCUGCUGAUCAGAAACCAGACAGAGGAGCUGUGUGAGAGCCAGAGGGUGAUCAUUGUGGACCUCGGCACAGAACCAAAGCGUGUGGAGAUCGUAAACUUUCAGCCCUUUGAGGAUGAUGAGAGCAAAGGUCAAGAUCUGACCAGCUCUCCUACAAACACCUUAACUGAAAACAGUUUUCAGCCAUCAAGCCCUGAGCCUAAGGAACAGGAAACAGAGGAAAGCCUAACUCCCAGCCAGGAGGAGCACCUUGGGAAGAGUCUUGAUUCAUGCAAACAGCUGCCUGGAGACAGCAACACGCACAACAUCAACAGCAACAUGUCUGUGCAGACGUUUACCUUGGUUAGCAGCGACACGUGAGCAUGGUCAGCCUCAGAGUCCAAAACAACAUCCCAUGAAGCCCAAAUGUAGCCAACCAGCACAGAGCAUUUUUCCAUGGCUUUCUGCGUUCCUGACAGAACUACAUGCCUGCACAGAGAUUGACACUCGGUAGUAGCAAUCAAUGGCUGGUGGGAAGUCUUUGAAUCCUGGCACAGACAGAGCUUGUUAUUCAUUAGUACAUUUUAGACAUUUUUCAAACUGAGAAGCUCCUUUUUAUCCCCUAAACAUGUUUGCAUAAAAAAGAUUGUGAACUGGUUAUAGAUUAUGUUUUUACCAAUGGCAAACCCUGAGAUGGAUCAAAAGGGAACAAAAGUCUAAUUUCAGUGACUCUAUUCAGUAAAUAAAACAUAUAUCAAUUAAAUAUCA